UCUGCAAAUGGUAAUUCGUUUUGGACGUCGCUUGUAAAUGGCGUUGACGGUUGGAGGUUUGCUGGACAGAAAAAAUUAUCAUUUAUUUAUUGGAGCAAAAAUCAGCCUGACAACUGCUGUCCACCUGGUCGAGCAAAUUAUACUGUUCAUAUACCUGGCCAGGGUUGGGACGAUCGUGGUGAAAACGAGUUAGCAAGUUAUGUUUGCAAAUACAAAUCCAUUUUAGUAACAACUAAAGUGGUUCCUCGAUCAGUUUUUGAAAAUGACAACGGUUCUGAUGAAACCGUCGCAGAAUCACCAAGUGACGAGAGAAAAGUGCGAACAGUUACGGAUGAAGGAGUUUUAUUUAAGAUUGGCGAUUGGUAUGUCAGAUGGAACCAACUUGUAACUGCUAUCGUUUCCGUAUUAGUUACUGCAGCUAUUGUUGUAGCAGUCCUUGCUUUUACCUAUGUCACGUCAAAAAAAACAACACAGAAAUUUUCGCCUGAUACUCACCGUCAGGCUACACAACAGGCGGAACAAGAGGUGGAUAGGAGUGCAUAUGUAGCCAAAGAUAAAUCGCGUGCUGCUCUCCUCAGGGUUGAGGGAAUACUGGAGGACUUAUGA